AAAUGGCAAGAUGACAACGACAGAAUUAGAGAAAAACUGCUCAGCCUGAUUGGCAAAAUUGGAAAGGACGCUAAAGUUGCAAAAACAACCACAAGGGUGCUAGAGCUUUUGUGGGACCUGGCUCACUUACCUUCCCUGAGCACCAGCUUGAUAGAACAAGCUCUGGAUGAGCAUCAUGCCAUCUUGUCUGACUCCUACAGUGUCAAGGAACAGGUCAAGCUUCAGUAUGUCAACAAAUGUGUGGAUGACAUUAAAAAG